CAAUCACGGUCGUGCGCUUCCGGUGCUUACCUUAAUCGGGACAGGAUUUGAAACGGCGGUGGGCAAGAUUAGGGAAAUCGAUCAAGAAACCUGUCCGUCCGUCUGUCCGUCCGACGGGAAAUCAAUCAAAUCGGAGCCGCGGCCGUCGCCGUCGCUGUCGCCGCCGCCGCUGUCGCCGCCGCCGCCGCCGCCGCCGCCUGGAGUGGGAGAAGAAAGGAAGGAAGACACAUAAUAAUCUCUUCGUCGGUGUCGGAGAGAGAAGGGCGGGUCAGGCCGCUUUCAUUUCUCUUUUCUUUUGGGAGAAUUCCCCUCGUGUCGUCUAUCCGUCCGUCGUGCGCGCGGGAUCCGUGAUUGGUCCGGGUUGGCGAAUCUGCGGGGGUUUCUCUCUUUCCCUCCUUGUUCUCUAUCCGAUCGCCACCAGGGAGUCUCCUCCCCCGCCCGUCGGCCUGCAGGCCAUAGCUGCUGCUCCUCCUUCGGUUGUGAGGGAGCGAGGAACAAGGGUCGGUCGGUCGGUCGGUCGACUCGUCUAUUCCCAUCGUCGUCGUUGCCGCCCUCUCCUCUUCCGCAGCGGCGUUCUUAAACCCUUAUCCUCCUCUUCCCCAGGGGCCAUCCAUCAGUCUGUUGAAUCGAAGGUUUUUAAUGAUUGUAAUCGUCCUGCAAACAGCAUCUGAUUGAUCAAUUGUCAUAAGCAGCAAGUGGACUUAAAAUACUUGGAACUAUAGAAGGAGGAGGACAAGAAGAAAGAAAAGUGGACAUUGAUCAGAUCAUAUGUCCUUGUCCCAAUGAGCUAGAUGACAUUGAUACGAUUGGGAUGAUGGGGCUGAUCCUAUCAAGCUUGCUACCAUGUAGUAUAUUAAGAUUGGCAUUGGGUUCUUGAAGUUUGGAGUCUCAAGUCAUAAGUCUUGACACAUGUCCUCUGUAGAUACGUGCCACGGGAGAAGACCAUGAAUGUGCAUAUUUUGCACAUAUGACAAAUCAAGCAAGCUCACAAUUGUCUGGUGUGUCCCAGCACAACAGAAACGCUUUACAUUCCCAGAUGCAGAAUCAAGGACCACUCAGCAUGGAUCCCGAACUUAUGGAAGGACGCAAAGCUAUGCAUGAGAAGAUCUACAACUACCUCAAAAGAAGAAAUCAUUCCUCUUCCGAUGAUUGGCUGCGUAGAUUACCAGAACUUGCAAGACGGUUGGAGGAGUACAUAUUCAAGGAUGCUCCUAGAAAGGAAGAUUAUAUGAGUAUGGUGAUGGAGCCAGUUGAGCCCCGUUUGCAAUUGAUAAUGAAGAGUUUACCAAACCACAGCCAAUCUUUGUCUCAUAAUAUUACAUAUUCCUCCUCUCUCAGUACGAUGAUACCAACACCUGGUAUAUCCCAUAAUGGCAGCACAAGUUCUGUAGUUUCUUGUUCAGCAGAAAACUCUGCUACUGCAGCCAGUGGUGCUGGUAUGGGGACUCAAACGACGGCCAACAUGGGUAACUUAUUAUCAACUGGAAACAACAACUUAACUGAUGUUGGACAUAGUGUCUCCUUCAAUGCAUCCAAUGGACCAAUAUCUAAUGGGUACCAGCACCGACCUGCCAAUGGUGCUCUUGGUUCUGGUGGGAGUAACAUAUCAAUAGCUUCAAUGGGUACCCCACGACAGCUUAGUCAAAUGAUUCCAACUCCUGGAUUUACUAAUUCACUGGCAGUGCCCGUGAACUCUGGAUGCUCCAGUGGAGUUGGGUUUUCCAGUACAGAGUCCACUGUGGUUCCACAAUCACAGCAACCAAGUCAAUAUGUUGGAAGUCAAAACAGCCAUAUAUUGCAUACCCUUGGAGGCCAAAUUGGUGCUGGAAUGAGGUCUAAUUUGCAGCAGAAGCCUUCAGCAUAUGGGUUUACGAAUGGACUUAUAAGUGGUGGGCUAGGGUUAAUUGGGAGUAACAUGCAGCUGGUUAAUGGGCCUGGAGCAUCAGAGGGGUACCUUAGUACGGCUCAUUAUGGUAGCUCUCCAAAACCUAUACCGCAGCACUUUGAUCAGCAACAUCACCAACAAAGGAUCCCAACAUCAUUGUCCCAGAAAAUAUUACCUAUGGUAGGGGAUGGUUAUGCAAUGAAGGGAACUGGUGUAGCUGGGAGCAUUCAUGGAGCUGGUUCAUCUGGUUUAUCUGCCAAAAGUAACCUGAAUACAAAUACUGCUGGCUUGAUCUCUAAGUCAAGAAUAAACUCGGCCUUGCUAAGCCAUCGUGCAAGUCUGCAGUCAAUGCAACAGCCUCCACAUAUAAGAUCUCAUAUAUUUGAUCAUUCACAAAAGGUGAACUUCCAGUCAAACCAGUCCACACAUGAAAAUUUACUGCAAUCACAACAACAAAUGCAGCGAUGUCAGCAACAACCUAAUCAGCCUUGUGUACAGUUUGCUCAAAAUCAGCAUCAGCUACAACAGCAUCAAGAAAGUCAGCGGCACCAACAGCUUAUGCUAAAGAACGAUACCUUGAGGCAGUCUUCAAUGACACCCAAUCUAAGUGAACAGCUAAUGCCCAACACAGUUGUAUCCCAUAAUGAAUCAGUACUUCCACAAGGAACUGAACAGGUUCACCUUCCAGAAGUACGGGGUCAAAACCUGCAAAAUACUUCAACUGAUAAUCACGCCAAAAGUGCUCAAUUGCUUGGUCAUUUAUCUGGGUCUCAGGGUGUUCAUGCUUCAUUUUCACAGGGUUCACAGCAGUUGUUGCAUCCACACGAGCGGGAUGAUGAGUUUCAAAAGGAGAUUAGUUGCCUCUCCAGUGGAUCACAACCGGUGGCACUCCUGCAAGUUCAUUGUCAAAGCCACAUGCCAGAUAAGUCUUCACUUGAACAGCACAUCCAGGAGGAACUUCAUCAGAGGUCAGUGGGACAGGAUGAAGCUCAACGGCCUCAUACAUCAUUAGAAGGGUGUAUCACCAGUUCUGCUGCUACAACAAGAAGUGCUACAGUGCCUCAAUUUCCUAAGGGAGUAGCCUUUGGACCUGAAAACUCUACACAAAAACGAAAUUAUCUCAACCAGCGGAGGUGGCUGUUGUUUUUGUACCACGCUCGUUGGUGUUCUGCUCCGCAGGGAAAAUGUCAGGAACCUAACUGCAUAAAAGCUCAAGAUUUAGUGAGGCAUAUGGAUAAGUGUGAUAGAAAAGAAUGCCCAUAUCCUCGUUGCUCAGCUUCUAAGAGGCUUUCUAAUCAUUUUCGUACUUGUGUAGCAACAGAUUGUCCUGUCUGCAUUCCUGUACGUGAAUAUAUAGCAUCAAAUCGAAAGGCACGUGCAUAUUCUGUAUCUAGACCUGGUUUGGUGAGCCAGGCUAAUGGCUCUUGGAUAAGUAUCAAUAUAGCUGAUGCUGAUAGAAUGAAGAGAGACACGAUAGCUGUGGAAACUUUUGAUGAUCAGCAGUCUUUGCCAAAACGCAUGAGAGUGAAAGAUAUAUCCCCUUCUGUCAUGCCUAAGAGUGAACAUUCUCCAGUUUCUGUUCCUGCAAACCAACCCCAUGCCUCGCAAGAGGAACUGUCACAAGCGUGCGAAGAGACUGAGGUAAUCAUGUCUACUAAGUCUGAGGUCAUCGAAGUGAAAAUUGAUACGUUCGUGCCCUCUGGACAUGAAGAUUCAUCUACCUUUGGCAUUGGUAUUGAUGGGAAUAUGCGUAUUACAAGACCUGAUGUAGAUCAUGGUGUUUCAAAUGAUGUUGACGGUCAUAUCAAGCAAGAAACUUUGGUGUUUGAAAAAGGGGUUGACCAGGAUAAGACCGUUAAGCAGGAAACAAAUGAUUCACAAACGGAUCCAAUGGUUGGAAGUAAAUCAGGGAAGCCAAAGAUAAAAGGUGUUUCAUUAACUGAACUAUUCACUCCAGAACAAAUUAGGGAGCAUAUUGUUGGUCUGAGGCAAUGGGUUGGUCAGAGUAAGGCCAAGGCUGAAAAGAAUCAAGCAAUGGAACAUUCAAUGAGUGAGAACUCAUGCCAGCUGUGUGCAGUGGAAAAGCUUACCUUUGACCCCCCUCCAAUAUAUUGUACGCCAUGUGGUGCUCGCAUAAAGCGGAAUGCGAUGUAUUAUACCAUUGGAAGUGGUGAAACCCGACAUUACUUCUGUAUACCAUGCUAUAAUGAGGCUCGUGGUGAAACUAUUGAAGUGGAUGGUUCACAAUUCCAGAAGGCAAAGCUUGAGAAGAAGAGAAAUGAUGAGGAAACUGAAGAAUGGUGGGUUCAGUGUGAUAAAUGUGAAGCUUGGCAACAUCAGAUAUGUGCUCUCUUUAAUGGCCGAAGAAAUGAUGGGGGACAGGCAGAAUACACUUGUCCUAAUUGCUACAUAGAGGAGAUUGAAAGAGGUGAGCGCAAGCCCCUACCGCAGAGUGCUGUUCUUGGUGCCAAAGAUCUGCCAAGAACCAUACUUAGUGAUCACAUAGAACAAAGGCUUUUUAGGCGCCUAAAGCAAGAGAGGCAAGAGAGAGCACGACAUCUUGGAAAAAAUGUUGAUGAGGUUCCAGGGGCAGAAGGUCUCGUGAUUAGAGUUGUAUCAUCAGUUGACAAAAAAUUGGAUGUGAAGCAGCGAUUUUUGGAAAUAUUCCAGGAGGAGAAUUAUCCAACAGAAUUUCCAUAUAAAUCUAAGGCUAUAUUGUUGUUUCAGAGGAUAGAAGGUGUAGAAGUAUGCCUUUUUGGCAUGUAUGUUCAAGAAUUUGGUUCAGAAUGCGCUUUCCCGAACCAGAGGCGUGUUUAUCUUUCAUAUCUGGACUCUGUCAAAUACUUCAGGCCUGAUAUAAAAACAGUGACUGGGGAAGCUCUACGGACUUUUGUUUAUCAUGAAAUUCUGAUAGGAUAUCUUGAAUACUGCAAGAAACGGGGCUUCACUAGCUGCUAUAUUUGGGCUUGUCCUCCUUUGAAGGGUGAAGACUAUAUCUUAUAUUGCCAUCCUGAGAUUCAGAAGACCCCAAAAUCUGACAAACUUCGGGAGUGGUAUUUGGCUAUGCUUCGGAAAGCUGCAAAGGAAAAUAUUGUUGUUGAUCUCACUAAUCUAUAUGAUCAUUUUUUUGUAAAAAUGGGGGAAUGCAAGGCUAAGGUAACUGCAGCUCGUUUGCCAUAUUUUGAUGGAGACUAUUGGCCAGGUGCAGCAGAGGAUAUGAUAAAUCAACUUCGCCAAGAAGAAGAUGAUAGGAAACAACAGAAGAAAGGAAAAAUUAAGAAGAGUAUUACGAAAAGGGCUUUGAAAGCUGCUGGUCAGGCUGAUCUCACUGGCAAUGCUUCUAAGGAUGCUUUGUUAAUGCAAAAACUUGGUGAAACCAUUUGUCCCAUGAAGGAAGAUUUUAUCAUGGUUCAUUUGCAGCAUGCUUGCGCUCAUUGCUGUCUACUUAUGGUCUCUGGGACACGUUGGGUUUGCAACCAGUGCAAAAAUUUCCAACUUUGCAAUAAGUGUCAUGAUGCAGAACAAAGACUUGAGGAGAAGGACAUGCAUCCAAUUAAUAGUAGGGAGAAGCAUGUGCUCUGUCCGGUUGAAAUUAAUGAUGUUGCCCCAGAUACCAAGGACAAAGAUGAGAUUCUAGAAAGUGAGUUUUUUGACACGAGGCAGGCAUUCCUGAGCCUUUGUCAAGGAAACCAUUAUCAAUAUGACACUCUACGCCGUGCCAAGCACUCCUCUAUGAUGGUCUUAUAUCACCUUCAUAAUCCGACUGCACCCGCCUUCGUGACCACAUGCAACAUCUGCCAUCAUGACAUUGAAGCUGGUCAGGGCUGGCGUUGCGAAGUCUGUCCUGAUUUUGAUGUAUGCAAUACUUGUUAUCAGAAAGAAGGUGGCGUUGAUCAUCCCCAUAAGUUAACAAAUCAUCCAUCCAUGGUGGAUCAAAAUGCUCAAAAUAAAGAAGCUCGACAGCAACGGGUUUUGCAGCUUAGGAAAAUGCUAGAUCUUUUGGUGCAUGCCGCACAAUGUCGCUUUCCGCACUGUCAAUAUCCGAAUUGCCGCAAAGUUAAGGGACUUUUCCGUCAUGGUAUACACUGCAAGACACGUGCUUCAGGAGGCUGUGUUCUAUGCAAGAAAAUGUGGUAUCUUCUUCAACUCCAUGCUCGGGCUUGUAAGGAAUCAGAAUGUAGUGUACCACGCUGCCGGGAUUUGAAAGAACAUUUGAGAAGGUUGCAGCAGCAGUCUGAUUCGAGGAGGAGGGCUGCAGUGAUGGAGAUGAUGAGGCAACGAGCUGCUGAAGUUGCUGGGAACAAUGGAUAACCUACUGUACAGAUGGGUUUCUCUAGGUAAGAGGUUGAGUUGAGCCUGCUGCCUCCUCACCCCAAACAUCUGACUUGUUUGGACAAGCAGCUCAUAGGAAGCUAGCAGUACUAUGAAUUACUGGAAAGGUAUGGACCAAAAUUACAUAUGGAAAUUUCUUCUUCCCCCUAACUUUGGUCCAAAGAUGGAGUUGGUGACUGGACGUUAUUCUUCGAAGCUAACCAUAUGGAACUCCACAUUUAAAGGUUUUUGGUCAGUCUCGACCCAUCGGGGGUAAUUCUUUAAUUGGUACUGCGUCAAUCCCAUCAUCCAUGGGCGAUGGUUUAUACAGAUGUCCAGAUUUGUCGAUUCUGUGUGGAAAAUCAGGGCAUCCAAAAUUGUCAAUUCUCAGUGGGAAAUCAGGGUUUUUUUUUUUUUUUUUUUUAAUUUUCGUCUCUCUUUUAUUUAUGUCAUUGGGAGCGAGGGAAAAUGGGGAAGGACAGCCGUGCACGUGUUAUUCCUACCCCAUUGUGGAAUGUGUCUAUUUAAAUAUGAAAAAAAUAAUUAGCAUGUCCGUUUCAGCAGCAUUCUUA